UUUCAAGGCACUAGGCGCCAUUUUGAAAAACAGCCUCGGUUUGAAUGACGGCCUACAUUUCCCAGGAUGCACCGCAGCCCGUUUUGUGGUCGGCACGCAGCGCGAUGGCGGGUAGUUCCGUGCGACUCCUGUGGUAAAGAAGAGUGUGUGAGAGAGAGAGAGUGUACUGAAGUGAAUGAAACUGACACCUGAUGGCAGAACUCGGCUUCCGGUCUGUAGUCCUGCUGCUGCUCCUGACUUCCUGUUGGUCUUCUGGUCAUGCUGCUAAACUCAAUGUCCCCAAAGUCCUGCUCCCUCUGGCCAGGAGCACCAAGAUCAACUUCACCCUGGAGACCACUGAAGGAUGCUACAGAUGGUCAUCAAACAGACCCGAGGUGGCGAGAGUCGAAGCCCUAGACAUAGACGAGCGUCAGUGUUCUCACAGAGCCUUACUUCAGGCUAGCUCCACUCAGCACUCGCGCCUCACCAGUAUUAUUCAAGCCGAGGACGUCGUGACGGGGCACGUGUUACGCUGCGACGCCAUCGUGGACGUCAUCAGCGAGAUCCAGAUCGUCUCCACCACACGAGAGCUGCACCUGGAGGACUCGCCCCUUGCACUGACUAUACAUGCGCUGGAUUCAGAAGGAAACACGUUCAGUACGCUGGCAGGUCUGUUGUUUGACUGGAGCCUCGUGAAGGGCACGGAAACGGUCGUGUUCCCCGAUUCACACAGCUCCUUACGGGUCCUGAAGUUCUCAGAGUCGACCUACAAGCCGCCAACCUACAUCUCAGAGAUGGAGAGAGUGGGAAAGCAAGGAGAUAUCAUCCUGGUGUCUGGGAUUAAAACUGGCCAUGCAAAACUUAAAGCUAAACUCCUGGAGCCUCUGUACACGCAUGUUGGAGCUGCUGAGGUGCGACUGCUGAUUCUGGACAACGUCAUGCUGAAUCCUGCCUACGACGUCUACCUGCUCGCCGGAUCCUCCAUCAAGUACAGGGUGCAGAAAAUCCGCCAAGGGAAGAUCACAGAGCUCUCCAUGCCGUGUGAUCAGUACGAGCUCCAAGUGAAGAACAGUGUUGUUGCUCCUGGAGGAGAUUUGUUGUCUCCAGUGGCCGAGCUCGAACCCAGCACCUCCAAGGUCUAUGCCCUUCAGCACGGACAAACCAAGGUCGUCCUGGAUUACAAGACUGUGGACAUGAAGGGCGCGUCCCGGCUUCCUAACGGCACGUUGUACGUGGUGGAACCCGGAUACCUCAUGUUUAAGAUAAAGCCCGGAGAACAUUGGGUUCUGGAGACUGGAAGAACCUACGAGAUAUCCAUCGAAGUGUUCGACAAAUCCAGCAACAAGAUUUAUCUCUCUGAUAACAUCCGGAUAGAACCCACCUUCCCUGAAGAGUUCUUUCAGGUUCUGGAGUCGUCUCUAAAUGGAUCGUACCACCGUGUGAGAGCGCUGAAGAACGGACAGACGGUCAUCAAGGGGUUGCUGAGGGCAGUGGUUGAUCGGAGAGGAACGGAACAUUUACUUCCUGUUCCAGUCAGGAACGAACAGGAAGUCGAAAUCUACGACCCCAUUGUCCUCAAUCCCUCCAUCCUCACGUUUCCAUGGCAACCGAAAGAAGGAGCGUAUCAGUACACUAUCAAGGCGAGCGGAGGAAGCGGUAACUUCAGUUGGUUUUCCUCGAACACGGCCGUCGCUAUGGUGACGGUGAAGGGCGUGAUGACGACGGUGCGCGACAUCGGAGUGAGUACGAUCUACGCGUAUGACCUGAGGAACCCAGUGCAUUACGGAGAGAUGAAGGUGUAUGUGAUCGAGCCCGUGAGGAUGGAGUUUACGCCGUGUGUGGUGGAGGCUCGGGUGAAUCUCGCUCUGGAGCUUCCGCUGCGUAUCUUUGGGCAGCUGAGCUCUGAGGACGGAGAGAGGGUCACGCUAAGCGACUGCUCACACUUUGAUUUGCAGGUCCAGAUGGAAAAUCAGGGUGUGUUUCAGGUGCAACCAGGGCGUUUGCCCCCCGGUCAGCAGCACUGCAGCGGUGUGCGUGUCCAGGCCAUGUCUCCAGGUUACACCAACCUGCUGGUCAGUUACACACACGGAAACGUUCACCUGAGCGCCAGGAUCACCAUCGCAGCUUACCCACCUCUCAGAGCUGUGGAUCCGGUCUCGGUUGCUCUCGUUACUCUCGGCUCCUCUAAAGACAUGCUGUUCGAGGGCGGUCCAAAGCCGUGGAUCCUCGAACCUUCCAAGUUCUUCAGGAACCUGACAGCAGAGGAUCCGAGCAGCGUCACACUAUUGCUAACAGGCCCGGCGUCGCGCAACUACUUCACCCACAACGUCAGAGCGACGUGCCGCGCCCUCGGGGAACAGGUGUUGGCGGUGACGGUGGGGAAUCGUCCGACGCUCACUAACCCCUUCCCAGCGGUGGAGCCGGUGGUGGUGAAGUUUGUGUGCGCUCCUCCAUCACGCCUGGCGCUCGUCCCCAUCUACACCAACGCUCAGCUCGACCUGUCCUGCCCUCUGCUGCAGCACAACAAACAAAUGGUCCCUGUGUCUAAUUAUCGGAACCCUGAGCUGGACGUGGCGGCGUUUGACCAGCAGGGCAGGAAGUUUGAUAACUUCAGCUCUCUGAGUGUGACGUGGGAAACGUCCAGGGCGGCGCUCGCCAGCCUCGAGUCCAGCCAGCCCAUGGAGCUGUACACGGCCGAGGAGACCAACAGCAAGCAGAAGAAACUCCACGGUCGUCGGACGGUGGUUGUCCAUCACGAGUCGGGCGUGGCAUCCAUCACUGUAAGUGCACUGGGCUACCAGACAUCUCACCUGGAGAAAGCUGCUGUUUUGCCUGGGUUUGAGCCUCUGACGGUGGUCUCUUCUACACUGGAGCUCCUGUUGGUUGAGGAUGUGACUGUGACUCCACAGUCUGUCUUUAUGUAUAAUCACCCUGAUGUGCGGGCUGAGCUCACUCUGCGAGAAGGCUCGGGUUAUUUCUUUGUCAAUACGAGUGUUCAUGGAAUCGCUAACGUGGAGUUCCAGGAGUCUCGGGGAACUGCUGUGGUGAUUCCAGUGCAUGCCGGGGUCCUCCAGGUGAUGGUUUACGACCUCUGUUUGACCUUUCCUGCUCCUGCUACAGCCACGGUGCACGUGUUGGACAUUCUGGAGGUUUACGUUCAUGUUGUGGAUAAGGUGGAGAUUGGGAAGUCUGUGAGAGCAUACGUUCGAGUUUUGGAUGACAACAAAAAGCCAUUUCUUGCUAAAUAUUUGUCUCAUAUGAAUCUAAAACUGAAAGCUGCUUCAUCCAUCAUCUCUCUGCAACCUUUAUCUGAGUAUUCUGAGAAGGACAUGGCCACGUUCCUGGUCAAAGGCUUGAUGAUCGGUCAGACGAGUAUCUCUGCUGUCGUCACUGAUAAGAGCGGGAGAACGAUCACAUCUGCGCCGCAACAAUUUGAGGUUUUCCCGCCUUUCAGGCUGCUUCCGAGAAAAGUCACGCUGAUUAUCGGGGCGAUGAUGCAGAUCACAUCAGAAGGAGGUCCACAGCCUCAAUCCAACAUUCUGUUCUCCUUAAGCGACCCAAGCAUCGCCUCCAUUAACGGCGCCGGUCAGGUGCGGGGCGUCGCCGUGGGCAACAUGACUGUUACAGGAGUCGUACAAGCUGCCGAUACGGAAAGUGGCAAACUGGUGGUGAUCUCGCAGGAUCAGGUGGAGGUGGAGGUGGUGCAGCUCAAAGGCGUCCGAAUCAGAGCGCCCAUCACUAGGAUGAAGACCGGUACCCUGAUACCCGUGUACGUGAUGGGUCUAACAAGCAGCGAGACUCCAUUCUCUUUUGGGAACGCUCUCCCAGGACUCACGUUUCACUGGAGUGUAACUAAAAGAGACAUCCUGGACGUCCACACACGCCAUUCAGAGGCCACUAUUAAACUUUCUGCCGAGCACAACUUCGCCAUGAGUGUGUCUGGUCUCAGUAAAGGACGCACUGGACUGAAGGUGGUGGUGCGAGCGACUGUCCCGGAUGCUGGGCAUCUGUGGGGCAACAGGCUGGAGCUGAGUGACGAGAUUCAGAUCCAGGUUUAUGAGAAAUUGCAGCUGUUGAAUCCAGAAGUGCAGGCUGAGGAGAUUUUAAUGUCCCCGAACUCCUUCUUAAAACUCCAAACCAACCGGGAUGGAGUGGGCUCUCUUUCGUAUCGGGUUCUAGACUGUCCCGAUAAAGCUCCUCUCAUCCAGGUUGACGAUAACGGCCUCUUGACGUCAGGCGCUCUGACAGGCACGGCGUCAUUACGGAUCACCGCUCUGGAGAACUUCGGAGUCAACCAGACCAUAAUUAUCGCUGUCAAGGUGGUGACCGUGUCGUACCUGAGACUGAGCACCAGUCCGGUUUUCUACACCUCCAACAGAGAGACGCUGUCGGCCAUCCCGCUCGGCUCCGACCUCACCUUCACCGUCCACUUCCACGACAGCACUGGUGAAGCUCUGCACAGCCACAACUCCCAGUUCACCUUCUCCACCAACAGGGACGACCUGGUGCAGGUGGGUAAUGGUGCGAGUAACAGCUCUCUCACAGUGAGGACAGUAAACGUUGGUUUGACGCUGUUGAGUGUUUGGGAUUCGGAGCAAAGCGGCCUGGUGGAUUUCGUCGCCCUGCCCGUCCAUCACGCCAUCCAGAUGGGCGACGCCCACCACCUGGUGCCUGCUGAUGUUGUGUGUUUCUCAGCGCAGCUCAUCAGCCACGAUGGGCUCUCAGGAACGUGGAACUCCUCCUCCAGCUCCAUCCUGGAGAUACAUCCCAAAACUGGCGUGGCCGUGGCUAGAGACGUGGGCACUGUGACCGUUUAUUAUGAGAUGCCAGGACAGCUGCGCACUUAUAGAGAGGUCGUUGUGAACAGUGUCUCCAAGACAGUUGCCACGGUUCCCUCAGGUUCUGCGAGAAAAGACAGCGUGACCAGAGUGCUCCUGACCACCAGAGAGCGAGGAACCAACCUCAUCGGAAGCUGCUCGCAGGCUCAGUUGGAAAGCGUGUCCUCUCUGCAUCCAGAGACAUCCAUCAGCUGCCGUCCUCGCUUCACCAGUGACACCAUCGACUUCUCCGCUCAAGACGUCUAUCACACACACACCACCUUCGACACAAGUACAGGUGUGUACAGCUGUGUGUUGACCCUCCGGCCGAUGACUGAGCAGCAGGUAAAGGUUUUGGGCGUGUCCAUGAGCAGAGUGCGGGUGGAGGCGGAUGUGGUGGGGAGUCACUUCUCAGGAGAGCGAGUCGGUGUUGAGCUGCAGGUGAAUGCCGGAGUCUACACCGACCAGUCGCACCUCAUCCUGAGCAGCCAGCACACUAGCACCGAACUGACCGUGUACGGGGCCGCGGGACUGCUACAGCACCUGCAGAUGAAGUCGAGCUCUCCCUCCAUCCUGGUCCAGGAGAAGGAGGCUUCCUACACCUACCCCAGCUUCAAAAGAUACACCGUGACCCUGCUGAACUCGCGGGACGUCACGUCUUCCUCUCUAACCAUCUUGAGUCCCGGAAACGAGCAGCAGCUGCUCAUCCCCAUCACCGUCGUACCUGUUGCAGACUCCACCUUCACCAGCAGAGCGGCUGUGGGUGAUAAAGAGGGAGUCGGAAUCCUGCAGCAGUUUAUGGACUCAUACCAGGUCAUGUUCUUCACGCUGUUUGCGCUCCUGGCCGGUACGGCCGUCACCGUCAUCGUGUGCCACGCUCUUUUCUUUCCCAGAAAUUAACAUUUAAUCCCCACUUUGUCCAGAGAACUCCGCCCAACUUCAGGCGCUGAUUUUAACUUAGCGCUUCACUCGUCCGAUCUGAGGAGGCCCAGUCUGAUCUCCACAUCGCAGCUUUCACUCAGAUCCAAUUUUGCGUAAAAAUGCAAAAACUCGGCCUGUCCCAAGUGCCUUUAAUACGAGGAAAAACAUACUCAGUAGUGUGUGUGUGUGUGUGUGUCGCUUUCUAAAUUAGUGCUGGAGUGUGUGAGAUUUAUUGCACUGCAGGUUAAAAUGUGUGUGCACAUGUGUGUGCGUGUAUGUGUGUGUGUUUGGGGAGGGAGUCAGGGGUUGUUGAGGCAUCCUGCUAUAUACCUUUGCUGUUUUUUUUUUUUGUUUGUUUUUUUGUAAAACUUAUUAUUUAUAUUAGCCUAGAUCAUAUUUUUUCUUCUUGUCUUUUAUAACUCCGGAAGUUUCUGUUCCAGUCGAUUUGAUGAAUCUGUGAAUGCGUGAAAACUCAAACUCAGGACCUCACAUCCAGCAAGCUAAUCACGUCACAUAGCACAGCAUCAUUAUUGUUGUUAUUAUUAUAAUUAUUAUAGUAUUGUGAAUUUCCUCUGUAAAGUACCAUCACUGAAUCCGUCCUCACAGUGCAUCGCUUGGGGGAAGAAAAGUGUGUUAAUGCAGAAAAAAAAAAAAAAAACCUCGGCCAGUUUAUUUAAAGUGAAAAUGUUUGUACUGUUUUUUGACGGAGCGUUAAAGCGUCUCGUCUAAGCCACUAGGCAGCUUCUUUAUUACUCCUGUGAAACAAACCUGACGUCACGUCUGGGGUUCAAAAGUCUGAGUCCACUAGCAACAACUGUUUAUAUGUCAGUAACAAGCUGAACAUGGUGGCCAUAUGUUGUUGUUUUUUUUUUUGUCUUUUAAAGUAUUACAAUCAUGCAGAUGAAACCACAACAUCAAAACACAUCACAUUUCAACUUGAUCUAAAUUACAGUGUGUCAGAAACUUUCAAAAGUAAUUCCGCCUCCUAGAGAUGACCAAGACCCGACCAUCACACACAACCUGUGUGAAGGUUAGAAAUGUGUCUUAAGCAUCAUGUGUUGUAGCCGAUCGAGCAAAUUAAUCUAAUUAAAUUGAUUUUUUUAAGUAGUUUUUGCGUAUUAUGAAAAUUAAGGAAAAAGCUGCACAUUUAAUUUAAAUUAAGAAGAUGUCGCGUUCCCACCACUAGGUGCUCAGGCUGCUAGUCGUGUUCCUCAGCCUUAAGGGUUAAUAAGAUUUAUAUUGGAUUAAAGAAUUCUAAAGGAAUUCUAUUGAUUUGAUUAUUAAAUUCAUUUGAAUUCAGUUAUUGUCUUCUUCAAGCACACGUUCAGUGCUGUCUCUAAGUCUCUAAAAGUAAUUAGACUAUUAUGCAGUUUAUUAUUAUUAUUGUGAUUAUUCAACUUAUUUUUAUUAAUGUUUACUGUUUUUAAUUUAAAAAGGAAAAAAUAUCAGUAUUAGAAGAUUUCUACAGUAUAUAUAAUUUAAAAAAAAAAGAGAGAGAUUUUAAUGAAGUGUUGGGGAACAGAGCAGCAAAACUGCCAGGCAAUUCUGUCGUUUUUGCUUUAAGGGUGCACAAACGUUUUUUUUUUCUUGUGUCUUAAAGCGUCACUUCAGUGUGUAAGAAAGCAAGUUAUUAAAUCUUAAAGGUUUUAGUUUUGAUUUUUGAUAGCAGUUAUAAACAGUUUAUUGGUGGUGGACUCAGGCUUUUCUCUCACCCCAGGUUCCUAACGUGUUUAAACGUACUCUUCACACGUGACUUGUGAAUUUUGUGAAUUAUUUUAAUCAGAAUUGUGUGGGUUUUUUUGUUUGUUAUUUUAUCUGUGUAAUACCUCAGGGGUCAGGGCUCGGUACCACGUUCUUCUUAUUCUUGUUGUGUUCAGCCUCUAAGACUGCAGCGGCAAAUACAAUAAAAAGUUUUAUUGUUAUUUUUUCAUGUGUGAAUCAGAUGUGAAACUGUGACAAUGUGAGUUUUAUGUUUUGAGGAGUUUAGCCACGCCCACAUCUUCCUCAUUCUCAUCACUUUUUAUAUGAGAUAAGACAAAAUCCGUCCUGAUCAUAUUUCAUUAAAUGUACUCGACUGCUUUCCUGUAAUAUUCUAACAUUUUGUUGUUUUGCUAAUUAAAAACCUUUUUUUUUUAAAUAACUUGUCUUUUUUUUU